GCCGCCCCGGCGCCGCCCCGCUGUGGGCGCGGCCGCACUUCCGCCAUGGCGGCGGGGCGGGGCUGGGCUGGCAUGGCGGCGCCGGCGGCCCUGCGGUGGUGGUGGAUGUUGGCGCUGGGCGGCCGGACGAGCCGGUGCUCCGCUUCACCGUGCCCAGGCCGAGCGCUGCCGAGACCCCCGGCCGGCCCUGCCCGCCCAGCUGGCUCCCUGCUGCGCUGGGCGUCGUCAUUCUCCGAGCCGGGCCCGACGGAGAGCGGCCCCAGCGAAGGACAGAUCUUCCUCAGCGAGAGCUGCGUGAAGAGGCUGCUGGAGAUUGCAGAAGGAUCAGAGUUUCUCAGGCUGCAGGUGGAAGGAGGUGGCUGCUCUGGCUUUCAGUACAAGUUUUCCUUGGACACAGUUAUCAAUCCUGAUGACAGGGUGUUUGAACAAGGUGGUGCCCGUGUGGUUGUGGAUGCGGACAGCCUGGCCUUUGUGAAAGGAUCCAUGGUGGAUUUCAGCCAAGAGCUGAUCCGAAGCUCCUUCCAGGUGGUGAGCAACCCCCAGGCAGAGAAGGGUUGCUCAUGUGGGACUUCCUUCUCUGUCAAAUUCUGACUCGACUUACCUUGGAUGGACACUGUUAGCAGACACUUUUGGCAGUCUCCAGAGGGUUUAUGUUUGUUCUUUUCCCUGCUGGUCCCUCUCAUCUCCCUUACCCUGUGACACAGCUGUAACACAAUACUGCAGCUGUGUGUGUGUUUGCACUGAGCCUGUCUCCAAGACUUCCUGGCCUUCCCUUCAGAAACGAUGAAGUAACCGUGAGCAUGCACACAGGAGCAUCUUCAGCGCCUUGUGAACCACUGGCCAGGUGGUGCUGACUGCCUGCCCUAUCCUGAUUGUGGAACUACUUAACUGUCUCUGCAAGAGAAGGCUGUGUGUAUAUAUAUAUGUGUGUGUUUAUUGAAAGGUCUUACUAAAAAAAGUAUAUGAGGUUGA